AUGUCAUCCGGAAAUGUCAUUGGCAAAGCAGCAACAUGGCUCGCUCAUGAACUCGGUCUUGCAACAAUGAGACAUGCAGGCAAAGAUGUCUACAUCAUCAUUCUGGCACGAUACAUCCGACUCGCCGCCUAUGGUGCCGUCGCACUCAUUCUAGCACUUUUCUUCCAAGAGCAGGGAUUCUCAGAUGAGCAGAUAGGGCUUUUCAUGACAUUGACCUUGUUGGGAGAUGUGCUCAUCAGCCUGCUCUUUACGCUUAUUGCGGAUACACUUGGACGUCGCCGCAUUCUACUACUAGGCGCUGUGUCGAUGGCGAUAUCUGGCGCUGUGUUUGCGACCACCAGCAACUAUGUUGCACUACUUUUGGCUGCCAUUGUUGGUGUGAUUAGUCCGAGUGGAAACGAGAUUGGUCCAUUUAGAGCGGUUGAGGAGUCGACGUUAGCGCACCUGGUGGCCGAGGACAAGAGAUCAGACGUAUAUACGUGGUACGUCGUUUUGGCUGUAUUGGGAACUUCGACUGGAUUAGCGAUUGGUGGUGUAGCAGUCGAUAGCUUGCAGGCAAUUGAGGGAUGGUCAGAUCUGGAUGUGUAUCGCACUAUCUUUUGGAUCUAUACAGGUGUUGGCGUGGUCAAGGCUCUAAUGACAAUUUUCCUGAGCCGGAAGUGUGAGCAUGACGACUGGAACGAGAAUCACCAUAGCACUGCUGAAGCUGAGCCACUGCUGAAUGGCAACGGUAAUGCCGAAAGUUCGGAUACAGCACUGGUAGAAGCCCCUGCGAAACCAAAGAAGAAGCUCUGGGACUCUGUCAGCACAAUCUCAAAGCCGAGUCGCGUUGUGCUUGUCAAGCUCUGUAGCUUGUUCUUCCUCGACUCGCUCGGCUCUGGAAUGGUGCCGUUCAGUCUAAUCAAUUACUACCUGGAGCGCAAGUUCGAUCUAGCAAAGGGAACGCUAGGCGGUAUCAUGUCCGCAACUUGGUUUGUCUCAACGAUUGGCAAUGUCUUCGCGUCUAGUGUGGCCAAGCGCAUCGGCUUGAUUCAAGCCAUGGUCUUUACCCAUCUCCCCUCUUCCGUCUUCCUAGCCCUUCUCCCCGUACCGUCCGGCCUAGCACCUACCAUUUGUCUCCUAGUAGGCCGUUCAAUACUCAACUCCAUGGAUCAAGCGCCUCGAUCGGCCUUUCUCUCCAUUGUUGUCUUGCCCGAGGAGCGAACAGCGGUAAUGGGUGUAGUCAACAUACUCAAAAUUCUGUCUCAGAGCAGUGGGCCAAGCAUCACUGGUGUGUUGGCGGGUAGCAACCAUUUCUGGGUGGCUUUUGUGGUAGCCGGCAGUUUGAAGGCGGCAUAUGAUCUCUUGCUACUAGCGUUCUUCGGUGGGAGAGUGCAACCAAGAAAGGAUGAACCUGAGCAAGUUGAGGCGGAAUAA